AUGUGUCCACCGUACGCUGCUGGAGUAGUCGUAACAAGCUUACCUCGCAUCUCAGAUAUCCGAAGUUCAAAUCGGGGCACGCUGAAGCAAAUAAAACGAUCACCCUUGGCCCGGAUGCUACGGAUGAAUAGACCGGAACUCGCAUUCAUUGUACUUGGAUGUUUAUGCUCGGCUGUUUCUGGUGCGACACAACCAGUUUUCGCGAUUCUGUAUUCGCAGCUUUUUGAAAUCUUCACACUGGUGAACAGCCCGCCGUUGAUGCGCGAGCAAGUGCGUCUUAUCUCAGGUCUGAUGGCAAUGGUUGGUGGCCUUCGAUUUUUGGGGACGCUAGGCGAGGGGUAUUUCUUUGGUAUGUCAGGAGAGCGCCUCACGCAGCGGCUCCGAAGUCAGCUUUUCAAGGCCAUUUUGAGCCAAGACAUUGGAUGGUUUGAUCGUCAAGAGAACCAGCCGGGUAUUCUUACUGCAAGACUGGCAACAGAAGCGUCCAAACUCAAGUCACUCUCUGGAUCAUCACUAGGAUUUAUCGUUGAGGCUGGAGUUCUAAGUAUCAUAUCCAUUGUUGUGGCUUUCAUCAACGGUUGGCAACUAGCAUUACUUGUAAUGGGAUUUGCUCCAAUAUUGGUCGUUUCUGGAAUGCUCCAAUGCCUACUGUCGGAAAAGGACAGAAGAAAACACAACAGCUAUAUUCCGAACAAUCAAGUGCGAGAGCGUGAGUGCGUGCGAGUGCGAGUGGAGGGACACUGUCUAACUGGACCCAAUGCUGACGCACACUGUCUGCCCUUGGUACGAGGCUGCGACGCGCUGCAUAUUGAGGGGUGUUCUCUGUCUGGUCAACAUCUAACGGAGCUGAGAGUCUCAGCAAAUUUCGGGCAUUUAUUGGUUAAGAGAAUGCAGGGUGGAGAUGGAGCUUCGGUUAGUUUGUUCGCCAUGAAAAUCGCACAAGAAGCUUUGAGCGCAGAAAAAACUGUGUUCGCUUUCAAUCUGGAGGAUUACUUUUACAAGCGGUUCAAAAAUGCCUUGCAGAGCAAUCUUAAAUCCGAACUCAAAGACAACUUGGUCACUUCACUGGUGUUCGCAUUGACUCAAUCAAUCAUGAUGUUUUGUUUCGCUGCAUCGAUGUCAUUGGGCGCAUAUUUGUUGAGUCAAAACAGCCUGACACUGGUUGGACUAUUCAGAGUCUUCAUCGUUCUAAAUAUGAGUUCCCAGUCACUUGGUCGAACUGCAUCAGUUGUACCGGAACUAACUGCAGCAACAAAGGCAGCCAAAUCGAUAUUUAGCACAAUGGAUCGAAUUCCGCAUAUCUUGACGGACGCGGGUGAAAAACCAACUGAACAGUUCACAGGCCAAGUUGAGUUCAAGAAUGUGACGUUCACUUACCCCAGUCGUCCAGGCACGCGGAUACUGAAGCGUUUCUCCCACUGCAUAUCUGCCGGUGAAUCGGUCGCUUUGGUUGGUGUUUCUGGUUGCGGAAAGUCAACACUGCUCCAACUUGUCCAAAGGUUCUACGAUCCUAUCCACGCCGGUCCAGAUAGUGGAGUAUUCUUUGACGGGCAUAAUCUACGCAGUCUCGCACCUAGUUGGAUUCGACGCCAAAUCGGAAUUGUGUCACAAGAACCGAAUCUUUUCGAUCUGAGCAUCCGAGAAAACAUUGCCUAUGGCGACAAUAGCAAAGAGGUAUCCAUGGAAGAAAUCAUCGAAGCCGCUCGUCAGGCCAAUAUCCAUGACUUUGUUAGCACACUCCCUGAA